CGAGCCCAGCAACAGCCAGUUCCUCUCCCACCGUGCCGGCCCGCGCUGCCUCUCGCUCCCCUGCGGCGGAGCCUUUGGGCCCGACGCGCUGCAGCCUGCUGACCGCUGCAGGCGGGGCAUCGGUCACUCCCGACCCCGAGCCUGCAACCCCUGGGCCAAGUGUCCGGCGUUCUCUGCCCGCCGCCCCUCACCAGGAGGGCUCCUCUGGGCUGUCCUGUCGCGCUCCCAGCUUUGAACUCAAGUCACCGUGGAGCUCCGCCGCCGCAGACCCGAAACUUUCACCGUGAGCGGGAAAUAUGGGAUGUAUAAAAUCAAAAAGGAAAGACAAUCUGAAUGACGAUGGAAUAGAUAUGAAGACUCAACCAGUACGUAAUACUGACCGAACUAUUUAUGUGAGAGAUCCAACGUCCAAUAAACAGCAAAGGCCAGUUCCAGAAUCUCAGCUUUUACCAGGACAGAGGUUUCAAACGAAAGAUCCAGAGGAGCAAGGCGACAUUGUGGUGGCCUUGUACCCCUAUGAUGGCAUACACCCCGAUGACCUGUCUUUCAAGAAAGGAGAGAAGAUGAAAGUCCUGGAGGAGCAUGGAGAAUGGUGGAAAGCUAAGUCCCUUUCAACAAAGAGAGAGGGCUUCAUCCCCAGCAACUACGUGGCCAAAGUCAACACCUUAGAAACAGAAGAGUGGUUUUUCAAGGAUAUAACCAGGAAAGAUGCAGAACGACAGCUUUUGGCACCCGGGAACAGCGCAGGAGCUUUUCUUAUCAGAGAAAGUGAAACAUUAAAAGGAAGCUACUCUCUUUCUGUCAGAGACUAUGACCCUGUGCAUGGUGAUGUUAUCAAGCACUACAAAAUUAGAAGUCUGGAUAAUGGAGGUUAUUACAUCUCUCCACGAAUCACCUUUCCCUGCAUCAGUGACAUGAUUAAGCAUUACCAAAAGCAAUCAGAUGGCUUAUGCAGAAGAUUGGAGAAGGCUUGUAUUAGUCCCAAACCACAGAAGCCAUGGGAUAAAGAUGCCUGGGAAAUCCCUCGAGAGUCCAUUAAGUUGGUGAAAAGGCUYGGUGCUGGACAGUUUGGGGAAGUCUGGAUGGGUUACUAUAACAACAGCACCAAGGUGGCCGUGAAGACCCUGAAGCCCGGCACCAUGUCUGUGCAAGCAUUCCUCGAAGAAGCAAACCUCAUGAAGACUCUUCAGCAUGACAAACUGGUGAGACUCUACGCUGUGGUCACCAAGGAGGAGCCCAUUUAUAUCAUCACCGAGUACAUGGCCAAAGGCAGUUUGCUGGAUUUCCUCAAGAGUGACGAAGGUGGCAAAGUGCUGCUCCCAAAGCUCAUCGACUUUUCUGCUCAGAUUGCAGAGGGCAUGGCUUACAUCGAGCGGAAGAACUACAUCCACCGUGACCUGCGAGCAGCCAAUGUCCUUGUAUCUGAGUCACUCAUGUGCAAGAUUGCAGAUUUUGGUCUUGCUAGAGUCAUUGAAGACAACGAGUACACAGCAAGGGAAGGUGCUAAGUUUCCUAUUAAGUGGACAGCUCCAGAAGCAAUCAACUUUGGAUGUUUCACUAUCAAGUCUGAUGUAUGGUCCUUUGGAAUUCUCCUGUAYGAAAUCGUCACCUACGGGAAGAUUCCCUACCCAGGGAGAACCAAUGCUGAUGUGAUGACUGCCCUGUCUCAGGGUUACCGGAUGCCCCGCAUGGAGAACUGCCCAGAUGAGCUCUAUGACAUUAUGAAGAUGUGCUGGAAGGAAAAGGCAGAGGAGAGACCAACGUUUGAUUACUUGCAGAGUGUCCUGGAUGAUUUCUACACAGCCACGGAAGGGCAGUAUCAGCAGCAGCCUUAGCACUCAGGGUGACUUGUCCCUCCAUCAGGAAUGGCUGCCUCAUUUGGUGAAAGAAAGUGACAGUCACUGGUUGCACCAGUUAUCUCACAUGCUGCGAUCAUUUGCCAUGCCUGAUUCCUGAAAGUAGAGGCUAAAUUACUCAGGAAGCUCACAGUGAACAUGGAAAUGUAUUCUGUUCUCUUGGACUAAUGCCCAGCAGGAUACAGCUUGGACCACACCUUAGCUGGUCACCUUGCUCUGCUACCAACAUCAGAAUACAACCUCUUAAGAAGAAAACACCUGUUUUCUCCAAAAGUGCUCCCACACCAACCCUGUUUACAAUUGGAUGUGUAAAUCAAAGGUUCAGAGACCGUUGCAACAAAUCCCCAGUAAAGCAGAACUAUACUAAUUUUUAAAAAGCAUAAAUAACCAGAUGCAUAGCCUGACAUUUUGUAUUUUCUUUGUGCUUUGCCUUACUUAAAAAAAAAAAAAAUUACUAAUCCAACCUGUUAGAUAUUACAGAUGAAGUCAGCAACUUAAAAAUGUCUUUCCCAGACUAAAGUGUUUUUGGUUUUGUGGGGUUUCCUGCCCAGGAAAUCUUAGACCUUUAAACAUUUUUCUUUGAUGAACGCUGAUCAGAUUCGAGGCCUAUGGCAGCCCCAAAGUAGCACGUGCGCUCUGAGCGCCCCCUGCAGGAGCGCCAUUGACAAGCACUCACAGCAACUGGGAUUCCCAACUUCACAGAGGCCAAAGGAAGAACCUGGGAAACUGUUUGCGCUCUCUCUCUCUCUCUCUCUCUCUCUCUCUCUCUCUCUCUCUCUCUCUCUCUCUCUCUCUCUCUCUCU